GAGCACGACUAUAAGAUUCUCUAGCUUUUGAGAGCAAAAAUCUCUCACCAAGCGACCUCCGGCGAUUAUUGUUUACUGCCCAGCGCCCACCAGCAAGAAUGUCGAAGGCCCCAGUGGUGCAAGACUUUGCUCUCCCUGUCGGUGCUGUUCGCGACUUCACGUACGAGAGCAAGCGUCGCAGGUGGUUCUCGGCUAUUCUUGCUUUAGUCGCUCUGGGAGCCACCGCUAUCUUUUUUGCGUACCAAGGCCACCUUGCCAGGGUCCUGAUACUCGGCCGACAUACAGGGAUCAAUUAUUUGGAUUCGUUUUACCACAGUGCUAAGACGCACGAUGACCUAUGCGUAGGGGGAGUUUCGCAUUCGGGAUACAUCGGUCUAGAGGGCGAUAGUGAGGGUAAACCAAAGAGGUCCUUCUUCUGGUACUUUGAAGCGCAACAUGGCCCCGAGAACGCGCCAAUAAUACUGACCAUUGGUGGCGGCCCCGGGACUAGCGGAAUGAUCAAUCCUCUGUUCGGCCAAUCGCACUGCAAGGUCUCUCCAAACCUCACAACGCACCUGAACCCCAAUGCUUGGUCUGAACACCACAAUCUACUCGCCCUCGAUCACGCACAUGACAACGCCUUUUCACAGCCUAUUGGUGUAGGAUACUCUUAUGGUACAAUGGUCAACAACUCGCGCGACGCGGCGCAUGAUGUAUACGACUUCCUGCUUAAGUUCUUCCAUCUAAAUCAAUUUGUUCUCGCCAGCGGGUCUUAUGGUGGCAUUUAUGUGCCACAUAUUGCAACAGUUAUUCACGAGCAGAACGCUGCGCUCGCGGCGGGACGCGGUGUCCCCGGGGCAAUACACAUCAACCUUGAAAGCAUAAUGAUCAGCAACCCGCUAUCGGACUGGCUCUCGCAUCAUCGCUGGGCGUUACACCAGCGGUGCUUCCUCACCGACCUCUACAACACGAGUACUUGUCAUGCUUCGUUCAGGAAGCUGCCCGCAUGUCUCGAGGCCUCUCAAAUGGCCUACAUGGAUGAUACUAUUGAGCAUCGCUUGAUUGCAACCGACGCAUGCGACAGCAUAUAUCCGGAGAUUGUCGAGGGACGAGCCUACGAAAACGUCGAGCUCCACUGUGACGGUACAGUCGAAGACUGUUACCCUGCUGUGGUGCGUGUAGUCGCAUUUAUGAAUCUUGCGAGCACGAAGGAGAAGCUCGGUGUACCCGACGCGUUCAAUUUUACUUUCUUGAGCGAGGAGGUGGGGAAUGCGUUCCGCGAGACAGGCGAUAUAGUCCAGCAGGCGUAUCUUUUGUACGAACCCCUCCUUAAAGCAGGCUAUCGACUCCUUCACUACAUCGGCAAGCUUGAUGCCAACUGCGGCUGGCCGGGCAUACUCUCGACUCUUCGCCUUCUUCCAUCGCCAUAUCAAUCCACGUUCAAUGAUGUGCUUGACCUACCUUGGCCUGGACACGAAGCGACGGUACGCACUGUUGGUAGCAACAACGAGGAGAGAAAUGGCGCGGGUACCUUCGCAUUCGUGCUCAUGGCGCGAGCGGGUCAUCUCGUGACGCACGAUCAGCCGGCGCUCGUUCCCGAGAUUGUGCGUCGGUGGGUCGCAAAUAUUGCAUGGAACGAUACGCUAGAUACGAUGAACUAGGGUGGGCAGAUUCUUUUUAGUGCUGGUUAAGUGAUAACAACUGCGGCCACUCCGAAAUCACCGUCAAUUUUUCAUGACACUACGUAUAAUAAAAACUGUUGUACCCACAAUCAAUGAGCUUUCUCUCGCAGAAUCCAGUCAGCGGUUGUGCGCUCGGAUAGUGCGUGGUGACGUGGUGC